AUGACCCCGGAUUUCCCGGCUAUGCGGGAGAUCACCGACAGGGUUACACUGAAGGAUAUCACAUUCCAAAUUGCGCCGUCGCUGAAAUUGAACCUCCGGGGUUGGGAAACAAGAGUUCGGUCCGAAAUAUGUACAAAAUCGUCCAUCAUCGUCAAGCACAAGGGUUGCACGACUAACCAGAAGAGGUCACGUUCAUCGACCAGAGUGCCGAAUUUGCUGAAGCAGAAUCCUCUCCGCCAGCCAAGCACCAACCUAUACGAGUAG